AUGACAAGACCAAAAAAAGAUCGUAUUAACAAAGAUCAUUCGAAAAUUGCUAACUCUAGUACUAGAACUAGAAAAUUGAUCGAAUGUAAAUGUACACUACAUUGCCAUGGUAGUAAAUUUGUAGAUCCUAGAACAUUUGAGAACCAUCAGCAAGAAAUGGAGCAUUUUCGUAAUAUUGCUUAUAGAAAUCGUAAUUCUUUUCGAUCAACAAGUACCAAGAAUAACCCGAUUGAUAUAGGAUCAACAUCAAUCUCAAAAGGAAAAGAAAAAGUUAAUCCAGCUGAACAAGAUUAUAAUUCAUCAUGUAAUUCUUCUAAUGAUGAUGAUGAUGAACCGAUUUCAGUUUAUCAGGAGCCAAUUGAUGUACCAAGAAAACGAAAACGAUAUGCUAAGUUUUUCGAUGCAGAUGGAACAGUUUCUGAUCAUGAUGAGUCAGAAACUGUUUUGAUUUCUUCAGAUGAUGAAGAAGGCUUUGAGAUACCGGUUAAUGAUGAAGAAUCUUCUACGGAAGAAGAUGAUCAUAAUUUGAAUGAGGAAGAUAUUUCGGUUGAGCAAUUUACUGCUCCCGAUUUUGAUGAAUUUGAGGUUAAAUCAAAUGAUGGAUAUCCUGAUAGGAACAUUAACUUUGAUGAUUUGUAG